GUCCCAUCUGCACUUCGUGAAAUUUUACAAAUAACGUGUUUACUCUUGUGUUAGGCUUCGCAAAAUUUGUGUCGCUCGUGUUUGGUGAUUCUGUGAAUGAUGUGAUUUAUCACAGUCAGCAUAAGAAAUGUUUUAUUUGAAUCACUGUUAGUUGGUACAGUGAGACAGGUGCGUGAUGGUUUUAGCGGAUUUGGGAAAGAAAAUUACCUCAGCAUUGAGGUCGCUGAGCAAUGCAACUGUCAUCAAUGAAGAUGUUCUCAACUCGAUGCUCAAAGAGGUUUGCGCUGCCCUUCUGGAAGCAGAUGUUAACGUACGAAUGGUUAGCACGCUUCGAACCAAUGUACGGUCCGUUAUCGACUUCGAGAAUAUGGCAGCUGGCCUUAACAAGCGUCGUAUCAUUCAGAGUGCAGUCUUCAAAGAACUCAUGAAGCUGGUUGACCCUGGAGUUCCGGCCUACCAACCAGUGAAAGGAAAGCAUAAUGUGAUCAUGUUCGUCGGCUUGCAAGGUUCUGGAAAAACCACAACAUGCACGAAACUUGCCUAUCAUUACAUGAAGCGUGGUUGGAAAACUUGCCUUGUUUGUGCUGAUACCUUCCGUGCUGGCGCGUAUGACCAGCUGAAGCAGAAUGCUACCAAGGCUAGAAUACCUUUUUAUGGGAGUUACACUGAGAUCGAUCCGGUUGUCAUUGCCCAGGAGGGCGUCGACAUGUUCAAGAAGGAAGGAUUUGAAAUAAUAAUCGUGGACACGAGCGGACGUCAUAAGCAGGAAGAUUCCUUGUUCGAGGAAAUGUUGCAAGUGUCAAAUGCAGUAACCCCUGAUGAAGUUAUCUUCGUUAUGGAUGCCAGUAUUGGUCAGGCUUGUGAAGCUCAAGCCCGAGCUUUCAAGGAAAAAGUUGAUGUCGGUGCAGUCAUAAUCACUAAAUUGGAUGGUCACGCGAAGGGUGGAGGUGCUCUGAGCGCGGUUGCAGCUACCAAAAGUCCUAUCAUAUUCAUCGGUACUGGAGAACACAUCGACGAUUUUGAGGUUUUCAAGGUUAGACCUUUCAUCAGCAAACUUCUCGGAAUGGGUGACAUUGAUGGAAUCAUCGAAAAAGUGAAUGAGCUUAAACUGGACGAAAAUGAAGAAUUGAUAGAUAAGUUGAGACAAGGCCACUUCACUCUGCGAGACAUGUACGAGCAGUUCCAGAAUGUCAUGAAAAUGGGACCAUUUUCCCAGAUUAUGAGUAUGAUCCCCGGGUUGUCUCAAGACUUCCUUGGUAAAGGUGGUGAACAAGAAUCCAUGGCUCGGUUGAAGAGAUUGAUGACAAUCAUGGACAGCAUGAAUGAUGAAGAACUGGAUUGUCGGGAUGGAGCAAAAUUAUUUCAGAAGCAACCAGGACGAUACAUGAGAGUAGCGUGUGGAUCUGGCGUUUUCGAACGUGACGUGAAAGAAGUUAUAUCUCAGUAUACCAAGUUUGCUCAGAUCGUGAAGAAGAUGGGUGGAAUCAAGGGGCUCUUGAGUGGAGGUGAUCCAACAAAGCAAGUCAAUCCCACCCAAAUGGCAAAGUUGAACAUGCAAAUGGCAAAAAUGAUGGAUCCUCGUGUGCUUCAUCAGAUGGGUGGUGUACCUGCAUUGUCAAAUAUGAUGCGGCAGUUACAAGGGGGUGCAGGGAAUAUGGGAAAUCUCAUGGGAUUCGGAAAGUGAUCUCCUGAGAUUUUUUUUGGUGAAGUUUUCAAACGCGAUGACACCGUUACCCUGCGAUGGUUUUUUUUUUUUUUCUUUGUGGAAGUUGUGAUUUUCAGUGAAUUAUUUUCGUCUUGCCUUUUCGUCAUGUAAUCAUGUCCCUCCAUUUCGUUCGGGAAAUAUGAUUUGCUGAAUAUCACAGCUUUCCUCCAGCGAGUUUGUGUUGCCCAAAUAUUCGACUUGGAAUCAUGGAGUUGUAAGCCGAUUUCCGAUUUUUGGGAAAAAUGGAAGGAUUAUUUCUGCU